AACUCCCUUCUCCGCCACUACCCCCCUGUACCUCCCGCCCGCCGCCGCUGCUGCUAGGGAGCUUCCACGCGCGCGCCUACAACGAGAGCUAGCAGCAGCAAGCGGUCGCUAUCGGGUGCCGCUCCGGCCGUGCCACUGCUCGCGAACCCUAACCCCCGAUGCCGUAUAUGGUGGGGGCCGCCGACCAGAUCGCCGCCGGCUUGUUCGCCGCCGACUCGGCGGCCGAGCGGCCGGGGGGUCUGACGAGGAGCGGCUCGUCCAGCCGCCUCAACGCGCAGGCGCCGGAGUUCGUGCCACGGGGGCCGCCGUCGCCGGCGGCGGCGGCGGCCGCGGUCGUGGUGCCACCGCCACCGCCGCAGGUGAUCCGAGUGUUCGCCGCGCCGCCCCCGCCGCCGCGCGCGGCCUUCUUCGCGGCGCCCCCGCCGCGGCCGUUCGAGUACUUCGCGCCGGUGGGGGGACGCGGCGGAUUUACCACCAAGGAGCAGCAGUUGCCGAAGCCAGAGCCGGAUGUGGAGCUGAUCCCGCCCGCGGCGCAGGCGGAGCCGGUGGUGGACGGGCUUGAGGAUGAAGUGGUUCACAAGAUCACCAAGCAGGUGGAGUACUAUUUUAGUGAUAUAAACCUGGCUACCACAGAACAUUUGAUGAGAUUCAUCACCAAAGAUCCUGAGGGAUAUGUGCCAAUAUCAGUUAUUGCUGGCUUCAAGAAAGUAAAAGCUUCUGUGCGUAAUAACUCCAUGCUUGCUGCAGCUCUCCGAGCCUCAUCAAAACUUGUUGUAAGUGGUGAUGGAAAAAGGGUCAAACGUCAAGAGCCAUUUACUGAAUCUGAUUUGCAGGAGCUCAAGUCCCGAAUUGUUGUUGCAGAAAAUCUUCCUGGUGAUCCUUCCUACCAGAAUCUUAAGAAGAUAUUUUCAGCUGUUGGCAGUGUGAUUUCAAUCCGCACUUGCUAUCCUCAGACUCCAAAUGGCUCUGGUCCUGCAACUAAUAGAUCUGCCAAGCUAGAUAUGCUUUUUAGUAACAAGCUGCAUGCUUUCGUGGAGUAUGAGACACCUGAGGAUGCGGAGAAGGCAAUUGUGGCGCUUAGUAAUGAGGAAAACUGGAGAAAUGGACUUAGAGUCCGCUUGCUGAAUACUUGCUCGGCAAAGGGGGCAGGCAAAGGAAAAAAGGAAGCAUAUGAAACUAAUGGAAAUGGCGAGGAAGAUGUCUCCAUUUCGAACCAAUCAAAUGACAAGCAGUCUGAAGAAUCCUCUCAACUGUUAGAUGUGUUGCCAGAGCACUUGUUUGACGAGACCUUCAAUGAGAAGGAAGUUCCAAAACGUGGCAGAGGACGCGGUCGAGGUGGCAGGGGGCGUGGGCGUGGCAACCACCAGUACAACAAUCACCACCAGUACAACAACCAGCACUACCAGAACUACCAGCCGCACUACAAUCACCACGGCAACAACCACCACGGCGGCAACCGCGGUGGCGCCCACCCGGUUGGAACUCCGCCACACAACCUGAUAAACAAGCCCGAGCAGCACCAGCAGCUGCCGAUCGGGGCCAGCAAGCUUCCUCCGGGCCCCCGCAUGCCUGAUGGUACGCGGGGUUUCACCAUGGGCAGAGGGAAGCUGCAAGCUGUGCUACCAGGUCUGUGUGCUGUUGGCGAGCCUUAAUGUUGGUGGUGAGCGAGAGGCUUUCUUAUUGCUGCUCUUGUUUGUGUACCUUAUGGUGGGUGGAUUUCUGUGUCAAAAGACUUGUUUCCAGAUGGAUGCGUGCGCUAGUGUUUGGACAGCUUGUUAUGUACGGAGAGUCGGGUGUUAUGUACGUCCAAACAAGAUUCUACCACUCUAUGGUUCUGUUUUUUUUUUU